AUGACAAGUCGAUCAGCAUUAAGUUUUUUCUUAGCAGUUCAACGUGAAGUAUCAUCACUAUUGGCCACUGUUGAUGAAACAGUUGAAAUCGAUAUUCUAUCCUAUGUUCCAUUUGAAUAUAAAACGGAAGCCAAUAAUGAAGGACGUGCACGUACACAAACGAGUGAGACAUUUAGUGGUACAGUAUAUUCAAGUGACAACAACGAAGUAAUGACAACAUCUGGAGCAUUGGCGAUUAAUAACGAUGGUUUUAAAUUGGAAAGUAAACCUUUUGAUAUUGCAAGCAAAAAAGAAGUCGUCACAUUAACAACUGAUAUUCUACCAAAUCGUGGGCAAGGUCUUACAGCUAAUUUUGGUUUAACAAUAUCCGAUAAAGCUUAA